GACGUCUCAUUCCCCUUCGCCCACUCAAUGUUUUAACUCCCUGUGUAAAUCGGCAUCUCUCACAUAUUUUACUCAGCUCCUGCUAGUGAGACAAGUGGGUGUUUUAGAAUAAGAGAAACAACUGCGACACACACACACACACGCAAACAAACACAAGACUUUUUUAACAGAAUAACCGGGAUAAAACCUCCUGCGACACAAAUCACAGAGGGGGCGUUCAGUUCAGCAUAUUUACGUUGUAUUACUUUUUUGAGACACCAAAAUGAAGACCAAAUUUAUCAACGGGGUUUCUUCUUCCCCCUCCAUGUCUCUGGGUCUGCUGGUGACCGAGAACGCCUUGCAGGUCCAGCCCGACACCCAGGAAGACUGCAAGGAUCUGGUCCGCCCUGACCAGCCCGACCUGGACACCCAGCACAAAGCCUAUCUGUGGUGCAGAGAUUUCCUGCAUGGAGCAUGGAAAAGCCUGGCUGAGGAAGAUUUUCAUAUCACCGUUAUAAGGGGUGGUCUGAGCAACAAGCUCUUCCUGUGUAGCCUCCCUGACAGCCUGGACACUGUUGGGGACGAGCCAAGGAGCAUCCUGCUGCGCCUCUAUGGGGCCAUCCUGCAGAUGUCCUGUAAUAAAGGGGAUUCCCGACAGUCAAACAAAGAAAAUCACUUUCAAGGGGCGGAAGCCAUGGUGCUGGAGAGUGUGAUGUUUGCGAUCCUGGCGGAGAGGGAGUUGGGCCCUAAGCUCUAUGGCAUUUUCCCUCAGGGCCGACUGGAGCAGUACAUCCCUAGCCGUAAACUGGACACCUAUGAGUUAAGUGACCCUAGCAUCUCAGCAGAGGUUGCAGAAAAGAUGGCCAAGUUUCAUGGCAUGAGGAUGCCCUUCAAUAAGGAACCCAAAUGGCUGUUUGGAACUAUGAACAAGUACCUGAGCCAAGUCAUCAGGCUCAACUUCACCAGAGAGUCCGACCUCCGUUGCUUCAACCACCUGCUCAGCUACAAUCUGCCGAAGGAGAUGGAUGUUCUCAAGUCUCUGCUGGAGUCCACCCACUCUCCUGUUGUGUUCUGCCAUAAUGACUGUCAAGAAGGGAACAUCCUGCUGCUGAAUGGCUCCCAGACUUCAGAACAGAAGCUGAUGCUCAUUGACUUUGAGUACAGCAGCUACAACUACAGGGGAUUUGAUAUUGGCAACCACUUCUGUGAAUGGAUGUAUGACUACACCUGCGAUGAGUUUCCUUUCUUCAAAGUCGAUCCUCAGGCCUACCCUUCAAAGGCCCAGCAGCUCCACUUCAUUGAAGGGUACUUGCGUGCAUCUGACCACGGGUUUGACAGCCUCAGUGAAGAGGACCAAAUGAAAGUGAAGGAGGAGCUGUGUGUAGAGGUGAACAGAUUCUCCCUGGCAUCCCACUUCUUUUGGGGCUUGUGGUCCAUCAUCCAGGCUCAGCUUUCCACCAUCGAGUUCGGAUACCUGGAGUACGCCCAGGCCAGAUUUGAUGCCUACUUCCAGCAGAAGAAGAUCUGGACUGUCUAAUGGAGUGAGAUGACUGGAUGCAUUGAUAAACCGUUCAGCCAAAUGGCAGGAGGAAAUGUAGGCUGAUAAAGAUUCCAUGAUCCACACUUUACAUGCACUCCCUGCCUAGAGAGGGUUUCCUGACUAGAGUAGUUGUUGCACUGACUAAAGCCAAACCUUGAUCGCAUGGCUAGGUGUUUAAAGUACGCCUAACAAUUAUUUGCAGGUCAGUCUACACGGUGUAACUGCCCAAGAGCGAAACAUCAGCUUGUACUAACCAUCACUGCUCAGACCUGCUCUCUGCUUCUGCCUUGUUCGAACCAAACCGCUAACACUAGGGUUUAGAGCAGGAUGAAGAUGGACUUCAGUUACAACAGGAUUGGAAAUAUUAACAUUGCAUCAAUGUAUAUGUACUGAUCAUGCACUUAUGGAGCUGUUCUGUGACAAAUAGCCAAAAUGUGAACUUCUCAGAGUAGAUGCCUGCUUAUUGAAGUGACCAGUUGCUAUAGAUCUCAGUGUGCCAGUAACCUGGUCCUACCUGUUAUUGAUAGGCUUGUUGGCUGGCAGAAUCAUCACUUGUUCAACAGGUCAGAAUAAUGUCUACACUUCUACAUAUGAGACAUUUAAUGUUUAUUUAAAUAGCUGUAUUAGAUGUUGUCUUCAGGCCAAGGUAAAUUCAGUUAUAUUGUGUUUCAAAGUAUGAGAAAAGCUGUUUCUUUUUCUGUGUGGCUGGUUAAACUCCCCCGAAUCAACGAUGUCAAACUUCAGGGAUUUCCAUUACAGUUAGCUCUGGUUCUUUGUGGCUUCCUUACUAAUAUGGCCGUUCCAGUUGUGACUUUGCUCUGCCUGUAAAAUUUGGUUUGGUGGGUUUAUGGUAUUAUCACUGUGACAAGUAGAUCUCCAGCUUAGUGUAGCUUAUACCUAAGGUAUUACAACCCCAAAUCAGAAAAAGUUGGUACGAUAUGUAAAAUCAAGAUUGAAACAGAAAAGAGUGUUGUGUAAAUUGUCUGUGCCCUGUAUUACAUUGAACACAACACAGCAGCACAUUAUUUGAUGACACCUCGUCAAUUUUAUUCUAUGUUCAAAAUAAACACACACUUUUCUGAUGUGUGCAACACAUUCCAAAAAAAGAAAAAAGUAAAGCAUUUAC